AUGCUGGACCAUCACCGCGACGGACUGCCUGGACUACAUCAACCCUCACCGGGCAAUGGCCCCCAACUGAAGGCCGCCAUCAAGUGGUCGGCCAUCGUGAGACCGCAGGCCGGCGCGAUCAGUCAACCUCGCUACUACAUCAGCAGCCUGCCAGCCCCAGCAGGACAACUGCUGGCUGCCGUCAGGAGCCAUUGGAGCAUCGAGAACUCACUGCACUGGACUUUGGAUGUAACCUUUCGAGAAGAUCAGUGCCGAGUGCGCAAAGACCACGGGCCGCAGAAUCUGGCCACCCUGCGUCAGAUCUCCCACAAUCUACUGAAAAACGAAAACAGCCUCAAAGUGGGCAUCCAGGGCAAACGGCUCAACGCCGGUUGGCGUGAAGACUACCUACUAAAAGUACUCCUCGGAUAA